CGUCUCUCUAGUUGUUGGCGGUCUCUGACCUGUUCACGGAGCGUAACCAGUUUGACAUGAUGUUCACCACCCUGAUGGAGCUGCAGAAGAGUCAUCCUGCUGAAGAUGAGAUAAUGAACCAGUACCUGGUACCAGCUCUCUGUAAGGCUGCUGCUGUCCUGGGCAUGGACAAGGCUACGUCUGAACCUGUGUGUCGGGUGUUGGAGCUGACCCUGCACAGCACCCACCUCCCCAGCCGUAUGGGAGCGCUGCACGGCCUGCUGUAUGUACUGGAGUGUGACCUGCUGGACGACACAGUGAAGCAGCUGAUUCCUGCCGUCUCAGACUACAUACUGAGUAACCUACGGGCCGUAGCACACUGUGUGAAUCUGCACAACCAGCAGCAUGUCUUGGUGAUGUGUGCUGUGGCCUUUUACAUGAUGGAGAACUACCCUCUGGAUGUAGGAGCCGAGUUUACUGCUGGGGUUAUACAGAUGUGUGGUGUGAUGGUAUCAGCCAGUGAAGACUCCACCCCCUCAGUGAUCUACCACUGUGUGUUGCGUGGGUUGGACGCCUCCUGCUGUCGGAGCAGCUGUCUCGUAUGGACGGAGAGGCACUGGUUAAACUGA